GUCGCUUAAAAAAAAAAAAAAAAAAAAACAUUAAAAACUACCCUUUCAUUUGGGGCGUGGCUUGAGGUGGGCAAACUGCGUUCCUAUUGGCUGCGAGAGUCUCCCGGACGUCCACGAACGGAGGGUCUGCUCAUGACGGGACAAGGAUGCAAUUGGAACUUGACAUGAACGCGUCGGUAGUCACCUAAACGCGAGAGAGGGGCGGGAAAAAAAAAACUAAAUUGUCACACAGGAAAGUUGGCGUCGAAAGUUGAGGAGCCCGUGGAGGAGGAGCAGGAGGAGUAAGGGAGGGCUCGCUCACCUGCGGACGGACGUCGUCGGAGCUUCGAGAAGUCAAGGCGACGACCCCCAAAAGACGAUGGCCGAACACGAGAGCCUCGAGUUCGGCAUGGCCGACUUUGUGCUCCUGGACAACGUGUCCAUGGAGGACUUCAUGGCCAACCUCAAGCUCAGGUUCGAGAAGGGAAGAAUCUACAGUUACAUCGGCGAGGUGGUGGUGUCGGUCAACCCUUACCGCGCCAUGAACAUCUACGGCCGCGACGUGGUGGAGCAGUACAAAGGCCGCGAGCUCUACGAGAGGCCGCCGCACCUCUUCGCCAUCGCCGACGCCGCCUACAAAGCCAUGAAGAGACGCAACAAAGACACCUGUAUCGUCAUCUCGGGGGAAAGCGGGGCCGGAAAGACGGAAGCCAGCAAGUACAUCAUGCAGUACAUCGCCGCUAUCACCAACCCCAACCAGCGGGCUGAGGUUGAGAGGGUGAAGAACAUGCUGCUCAAGUCCAACUGCGUCCUGGAGGCUUUCGGGAACGCGAAGACCAACCGCAACGACAACUCCAGCCGCUUCGGCAAGUACAUGGACAUCAACUUCGACUUCAAGGGAGACCCCAUCGGCGGCCACAUCAGCAACUACCUGCUAGAGAAGUCCAGAGUGAUUGUCCAGCAAGAAGGAGAGCGGAGCUUUCACUCUUUCUACCAGCUGCUGAGAGGAGCUCCUGAUGCGCUGCUGCGUUCUCUCCAUGUCCAAAGGGACCCCAAAAGCUACAACUACAUCAAAGUGGGCGGCCAGCUAAAGUCAUGCAUCAAUGACGGCGCUGAUUUCAAAGCCGUGGCCGACGCCAUGAAAGUGAUCGGCUUCACGGGGGAUGAGGUCCUGACGGCUUACAAGAUCCAGGCCACCAUCUUGCACCUGGGGAACUUGACGUUCGGUGUGGACGGCGACGUGACGCUGAUCGAGACCACCAAGCUGGUGUCGAUCAUGGCCGAGCUGCUGUCCACCAAGCGGGACAACGUGGAGAAGGCUCUGCUGUUCCGCACUGUGGCCACGGGUCGCGACGUCAUCGAGAAGCAGCACACGGCGCAAGAGGCCGGCUACGGGCGCGACGCCCUUGCUAAGGCCAUGUACGAGCGUCUCUUCUGUUGGAUUGUGGGACGCAUCAACGACAUCAUCCAGGUGAAAAACUACGAUGCCAGGGUUCACGGGAAGAACACGGUCAUUGGGGUUCUGGACAUCUAUGGCUUUGAGAUCUUCCAGAACAACAGCUUUGAGCAGUUCUGCAUCAACUAUUGCAACGAGAAGCUGCAGCAGCUCUUCAUCCAGCUGGUGUUAAAGCAGGAGCAGGAGGAGUACCAGCGAGAAGGCAUCCCGUGGAAACACAUCGACUUCUUCAACAACCAGAUCAUUGUGGACCUGGUAGAGCAGCAGCAUAAGGGCAUCUUCUCUGUGCUGGACGAAGCCUGCAUGAACGUGGGCAAAGUCACCGAUGAGCUUUUCCUGCAGGGACUCAAUGGCAAGCUGGCCAAACACGCUCACUACACCAGCCGCAAGCUGUCACCGACCGACAAGAGUUUGGAGUUUGACCGAGACUUUCGCAUCCGCCACUACGCCGGCGAUGUGGUUUACUCGGUGGUGGGUUUCAUCGACAAGAAUAAAGACACACUGUUCCAGGACUUCAAGAGGCUGCUCUACAACAGUUCCAACCCGGUCCUGAAGGCCAUGUGGCCCGAGGGCAAGCUGAGCAUCACCGAGGUCACCAAGCGCCCGCUCACCGCCGCCACACUCUUCAAAAACUCGAUGAUCUCCUUGGUGGAGAACCUUGCGAGCAAGGAGCCCUACUACGUGCGCUGCAUCAAGCCCAACGACGUGAAGUCGCCGCUGCUCUUUGAGCGCGAGCGUUGCCGCCACCAGGUGGAGUACCUGGGCCUGCUGGAGAACGUGCGAGUGCGCCGGGCAGGUUUCGCCUACAGACAGACGUACCCGCGAUUCCUGCAGAGGUACAAGAUGAUCUCAGAGUUCACGUGGCCUAACCACGACCUUCCUUCGGACAAGGAGGCAGUCAAGAGGCUCCUGCAGGGCUGCCAUUUUGACGACGACGUGGCCUACGGCAAGACCAAAGUGUUUGUGCGCACGCCACGCACGCUCUUCAGCCUGGAGGAGCAGCGUGCCGAGAUGCUCCAGAGGAUCGUCCUCUUCCUGCAGAAGGUGUGGAGGGGCACCAUCGCCCGGAUCCGGUACCGGCGCAUGCGGGCGGCCGUGGUCAUCCUGCGGGCCUACCGCCACUACAAGGUCAAGUCGUACGUCCGCGAGCUCAACCGCCGCUUCCGCAACGUGCGCUCCAUGAAGGACCGCGGCCGGCACGUCAAGUGGCCCACGCCGCCCAAAGUGCUACGCAAGUUCGAGGAGGCGCUCAGGAACAUCUACAACAGGUGGUGGGCAUGGAUGCUGAUCAAAGGCCUCACUGCGGAGGAGGCUCUGCAGGUGAGGGCCAAGGUGGCCUGCCUGGAGGCCCUCAAGGGCCACAGGGCUGACCUGGGGCUACAGAGGGCCUGGGAAGGGAACUACCUGAAGCGAGACAGCCCCAAUAGCACGGCGUCCUUCACGUUGGUCUCCAGUGAGCUGCAGCGCAAAGACAAAUUCAUGCGGGUGCUGUUUGCGUGCAACGUGCGCAAAAUCAACCGCUUCCACAAGGCGGAGGACAGAGCUGUGCUCAUCACCGACCGCCACCUGUACAAGAUGGACCCCCUCAGGCAGUACAAACCCAUGAAGAGCAUCCCCCUCUACAACGUGACGGGCGUGAGUGUGUCGCCGGGCAAGGACCAGCUGGUGGUGUUCCACACUAAGGACAGCCGCGACUUGGUGGUGUGCCUGCAAGGCCUGGUGCCUGCCAACGAGAGCCGCAUCGGUGAGCUGGUGGGCGCCCUCCUCAGCCACUUCAAGAGCGUGUUGGAGGUCAAAGUGGAUAAAGUUGCUGCCGACUUGAGCGAGCGGCGGAAGCUGCAGGUGAACAUCUCCAGCCCCAUCCAGUGCAGCAUGAACGGCAGGAAGUGCACGGUCGUGGUGGAGCCCAAGAUCAACCAAUCGCAGCCCGACUUCACCAAGAGCCGCGGCGGCUACGUGUUGGCCGUCCCCGCCAACUGAAAGGCGGCGUGGGGGGGGCGAUGACGACGGCGCCCCCAGCAGGCCGGGAAGGUGAUUGACUUGUCUGUUUUGGGCGGGGUUCACUCAAUCGUCCAAUCACAGCUUUGAAAAGUUAGCACUGCUGGAUCAUCCACCAAAGUGAUGUUAUUUCCCUCUUUUUUUAUUUGCUUCGUGCAAUAUUGACUUCUUUUUGUUGUCAGUCCAAGUUUGAAGGUGAAUAACUUCUUUGUUUAUGAAGGAUUUAAAGCGGAAGAUCAAUAAUUGUAAAUGGUCGUUGUCCUUGCCAAAGGCUUUUCUUGAUUUUUAUCUUUUUUUUUUUUUUUGCUGCAAUGUGCUGAGCACAUCUGCGAUUUAAUUUAAAAGUGUCAUGCGCAGCACACAUUUAAUACAUAUUUAAUACACAAACAGCAGCACAGUGCACAAGUGGUUAGCAGUUUUGGCUCACAGUUGGAGUCUCAGCUCGUAUGUUCUCCUCAUGCUUGCGUGAUUUUUUUCAUCGGCUACUCCGGCUUUCCAAAAACACUUGCGUUAGCUUUAUUGGAGUCUCUAAUUCAACGAUUCUCAAACUAGGGUACCAGGGGGUCUACAAAAUAAUCGUAUCGUUUAAGAAAGUGCGUAACUACUGUACAUAUGAGGACUGGCGCACUAAUAAAACACACAUAAUAAUUAGUGACUCCUCCCUAUGUUAGCUUUGGCCAAUUGAAAGCGUUGCUAUGAUUGGAUCAUCACAUCUGUAAUCCCUGCAUCAAUAAAGUUAUUUUAGAACAAAAAAAUGAUUAGUGCAGGAAUAGAGUCCCUUUUUGGGAAUAAAAGGCAGAGCAGAAUAAAUGUGAUUUUUCCAGGCUAAAAAGCUUGAUACACAGUAGUGCCUUGAAAUUCGAGUUUAAUAUUUUCCGUCAUAUCAUCUUUCUUUCUCCAUCUUUCUCUUUCUGCCAUUCUAGCCUACGGGCCAAAAAAAAUUUAAAUUUAAAUUUUGAAUUUUUGAUGAUGAAAGUAACACUCUAUAAUAUUGUACUUUAUAGAAAUAUAUAUUAAUAACAACUAUAUAGAAUACAAAGAAUUAAACAGUUUGUGCAUGAUUUGUUCCAUGCAGCUCCUUCUGGUGGGCUUGACUUGGCCACCGGGGGCAGUAUAAUACAGUCAUGCAGACACAAACCUAGAAGAGUUUCACAACUACUGUAAGUGCGUCGGUGAGCUGCAGUAAUAAGAGUCGUUUUUCGUAGAGGAUAAAGAAUAUACGCCUGUGAGUAUUGCUAUGUGUUUGCUGCACCAAAAACAGCCGAAAGACAGCUCGAAAAACACGUAAAUCGGGUAAUUCGGAUCCCAAGGCACUGCUGUGUUACAAGAAUAACGUUGCAUUUCGUAAAUUCACUUGUCUCAAUUGUCAAAAAUGAAUCGAGGAAACCUCAGUGGAAUCAAUUAUGACACGUUUUCAGGUCAGGGUCUGUUAGCCACCGUGCUAACACAUGCUAACAGGUGCCAAAGCACUAACCCGAAGGAGAGACACACACACACUGUAGUACGUCAUGUCGUGUGACAAAGUGUGUUUGUAAAGUGAGUAGUGGUUUGUGUUCAGUGGCGCGGAGCUGAAGUGGAGAGUGCGUGCGCUCGAGACCUCGAUCUGCUCGUUAUGUCGUUACUUUCCGCUCGGCCUCUGAAGCGACACACAGUCACGCCAAGAAGAAGAAGAAGCGGAAGAGUAGGAGGAAAACCUCCUCUAUCCCCUUCUUCCUCCCCCACUUGUUCCCCUUUCUUCCUCUGUCCUUCCUUUAUCACUUCCUUCCUAAUUUGUUCCUUUCUCCCUUCUUGACGAAAUACUUCCUCCCCUUAUUGCCUUUGGGACUUUCGCCUUUAUUGCUAUGACCCUACAUAUCCCUCCUUACUUUGACCCCUUUCCAUCCUUACUUCCCCGCUUCCUUCCCUGGCUCGGACUGUCCCUCUUCCCCUCCGUCCUCCACUUCUCACCAAUCCUUACAAUGCAGAAGUGCACAUUCAAAAUGACUCCUGUUGUAUGUGCGCGCCAUUUGCGUGUCCUCGGUCGUCCCCGUGUGUGCGUCGUGCGCCAAAUUGCCGUCAUUCUCCGUAAUUUAUUGUGUGUGUAUUGUAUGUACAUGCAUUCACAUGUGCCUCAUUUGAAAACCCCUUCUGCAUAUAUUUGUCAUAGGAAUAAACAAUACAUUCAUGA